AUGCAUCUCCAAGCCGCCGUCCUCGCGGCACUGUCCGCAUACGCCCGUGCUGAGGUGCUCGCCCCACUACCGGGACAGACGUCCGGGUUCUCGGUGAUCAGUGUCGCGCCCAUAGCAACUACGUCUGUAUCGCCCGAGUGCGAGUCGGCCGUCAUGUCCUACGCGACCGGCAUGCCCAGCCCUCCACCGGGAGUCCCAGAAUACCAGAUAUACGCCACGGCGCUGUCCGAGCUAUGCGCGGCCGACGGCGUCGCGGCGAACGCAACGGGCGCCUUCGCCUCGUACAACACGCAGCUCUACUCCUGGUUCUCAUCCGCCAGCGCGGGCCUCGUCGACACGGCGUCCAAGUGCGCGGACGCCUUUUUCCAGUCCAGCGGCGUUGCUGCCAUGAUCACGGAGGAGCUGCCCGUCAUAAUUACGGCGUACUCGAGCUAUGUCAAUGGAGGUUGCAGCAGCACGACAUCUGUCAGCGGCAAUAGCACUGGCACGUCCACGGCGGCUUCGACUGGGGCGGCUUCAACUACAGCAACUUCGACUAUGACUAAGACCCCGUCGGGUGCCUCUGGCUCUACUUCGUCAUCGACGAUAGCGACCCCGAAUGCUGGACCGAGGGAAACUGGUAUGGCUGCGGCGGCUGGUUUGGCAUUGGGUUUGAUCGGCGCCGUUGUGGUAUUAUAG